GAUCAUCUUCAUCCCCACAAACCGACUUCAGUCGGUCUCAAAGAAAACAGUAAUUCACUCGCAUUUUAUCUUGGGUGAUCAACGAUGGCGCCGCUUCUGACCCAACCACCACGCCCGACUGAAGAUUUUUAUUCCGGCAUCUCCUCACCUGUGAUUUCUGACACCGUGUAUGUGGCGGUUGGGAAGUCAGUGGAGAAGACAGCGGCUUUGCUUCAGUGGACUUUCAGCAUGUUUCCGGGGCGGGAAAUUUGUUUGAUUCAUGUGCAUCGACCUUCUCCUCUCAUCCCAACUCUGUUGGGUAAACUACCAGCUGCUCGAGCAAGUCCUGAAAUCGUAGCAGCAUUUAGAAAUGAGGAGAGAGAGGAGAUGGACAAACUCUUAUCUACUUACUUAAUCAUUUGCACCAGAUCAAGGGUUAAAGCAGGCUUUAUUACUGCUGAAGCUGGCGAAGUUCAGAAGGGAAUCCUGAAUUUAGUAAAUCUGCACACCAUAACAAAACUUGUUGUUGGAGCAAUCCCAGAUUUCAUGAAAGGGAAAAAAAGCUCCUGCAAAGCCUGCCAUGUCUCAAAGCAUGCUCCUUCUUUCUGUGAGAUGUGGUUUGUUGACAAAGGAAAGCUGAUCUGGACUAAACAAGCUUUGACAAGCGUACGCAUUCAUCCACCUAACUGUCAGUUGGCUACAUCCUUUACCGAGAAUUUUAGAUCUUGCUCCUUAGAAUCCGUCCAGAAUGAGGCAGAAUGUGUUAAAAGUUCAUUUGAUGUGCUGCAUAGCCAUAGCAUGUCAUCAUCAAUGAGCCUAAAUUCCUGCGCGGGAAGCACCACUUUGACUGGACCAAGUGGAUCUAGUACUUUGAGAGCAAAGUCCGAGGAAGAGAAAUUGUGUAUUCAGGUUGCAGAAUUACAUGGUGAAGUCGAUGAAUCAAAAGAUGAAGCAAAUCAAGAGCUCCUGGAGCAAAAAACGGUGGAAGAGGAGGCUCUAAAAUCAAUUAACGAGGUUAAAGCCUUGGAAAGUGCUUACUCUGAUGAAGUGAAACAUCGAAUAGAUGCUGAAGAUGAACUUACAAUUGCAAUUCAAGAACAAGAAAAGCUACUGAAAGAAAGAGAGAGAAUAUCUCAAGAGUUACAGAGGACCAUGCGGAAUAUAGCUGUCCUGGAUAGUCGUGCACAUGAAGCAAACCGCAGACGUGCAGAAGUUGCUGCUGAGUUGAAGCUCAUUCAGGCUUCCAUUGCUACUUUGCGGAAAGAGAGGCAGAAACUUCAGAUUCAGAAGACUGAAGCUAUGAGAUGGCUUCAUAGAUGGAAAAGCCAUGAACAAUGUGAAGGUGAAAAUGAGAACAAACUUUUUUGUUCAGUAGAAGAUGUUUAUGAAAUGCCGGAGUUUUCAUUGUCGGAUCUGGAGGCUGCUACAUGCUGUUUCUCAGAGACUUUCAGCAUUGGCCAAGGAGGGUACGGCGUUGUGUACAAGGGGGAAAUCUUAAAUAAGACUGUUGCCAUCAAGAAGCUCCAUUUGUACAAUAUGCAGAGGCAACUAGAGUUCCACAGAGAGGUUCUAUGUCUCGGAAGACUGCAUCAUCCUAAUAUCGUGGAUUUAAUUGGAGUAUGCCGAGAGUCAUGGUUGCUCGUUUAUGAGUAUUUGCCCAGUGGUAGCCUUCGAGACCUGUUGGAAAACAACAUUAAUACCCUCACCUGGAAGGUCAGAGCACAAAUUGUGGCCGAUAUUGCAAGUGGCAUUUUGUUCCUGCAUUCUUUCAAACCUAAAAAGAUAAUCCAUGGAAACUUGAAACCCGAGAAUAUCCUCCUGGCUCCUCAAAACAGAUGCAAAAUAAGUGAUUACAUGGAUCAUAUGCUUACGGCUGGCCAAGCUGCUCGGUGCCCUAGUUUUCGGGGUUGUUCUGGAUCCAGUGGUUGUUUAUAUACCGAUCCUGAAACUCAUCGAACCGGAACACUGACCCAUAAGUCUGACAUAUAUUCAUUUGGAAUAAUCACACUUCAGCUAGUUACAGGCAAAACUCAUGGAGGUUUAGUUGGCGAGGUACGCAGGACAUUAUCGCGAGGCAAAGUCGAAUCUCUCUUGGAUUUUUCUGCAGGAGAGUGGUCAACAUAUGUGGCUCGAAGGCUGGUAGAAUUGGGGUUGCAAUUCUGUGAAUUGAACAGUAGGGAAAGACCGGAGCUUACUUUAUCGCUGGUUAAAGAGCUGCAGUGUAUGCCUUUCUUGGAAGAGCUGACAGCACCAUCUUUUUUCUUGUGCCCGAUUCUUCGUGUCUGGUUUCAGGAAAUAAUGCAUGACCCUCAGGUGGCAGCAGAUGGGUUCACCUACGAAGGAGAGGCGAUACGUGAAUGGCUAGGAAAUGGGCACGAAACUUCACCAAUGACGAACGCACAGUUAAGUGAUGUAAACCUAACACCCAAUCAUUCUCUAAGGCUUGUUAUUCAAGAUUGGAUUGCGAAUCUCAAAAUCAGCUCAGUAUAAAUGUUAAAGGUGCCAUGUUACUCGGGAUGUGCAUAAUGUAUAGACAAUCAAGAGUUGCUGUGAUUAUUAACAUAGUAUCACAAAAAGCUAGCUAAUUUACUUCUAA